AUGCGCUACAACAAGCCAUUCAGCCUCUUAGAACUGACCAUUAAGAGCCUUUUAAGGGAUGAGAACUUGUCUAUCUCUUCCCUGAGGAGCCUGCCUGCAGAGCUCUUCCCACGUCUCUUUCUGAAAGCUUACAAUCACAGAUGCUGGAAGAUGCUGAAGGCUCUUGUUCAGAGCUGGCCUUUUGACAGACUGCCUCUGGGGGCCCUGGUUCAAGACCUAUUUCCUGAGAAUGAAAGUUUGAAAGCUGUCCUGGAUGGAAUUGAUAUCCUGCUUCAGCAGGAAAUCCUCCCCAGGUGUAAGCUCCAGGUGUUGGAUUUAGAGUCCACAGGACAGAAGUUCUGGAGUGUGUGGACUGGAGUCCACUUCCCAGUGUACUCACAAAGGAGGCAGCUAGAGGCUGUGGGACAUUCAAGGAAAGAGGAGGCCAGACGGUGCUUGGAGGUGUGUGUAGACCUCUUCCUCAGUGGUGAAUGUGGAAAGAAGAUUUUCAUCUACCUACUGAACUGGAUCAAGAAGAGAAAGGGUGUGUACCUUUGUUGUAGGACAGUGACAAUAUAUUUAUUGAGCAAAAAGAAUGCCCAGCUUUUGCGUAGCAUCUCAUUGUGUGAUGUCCACGAGGUGAAAGUAUAUUGCACCUGGACAAUCUCAAACCUACAGACAUUUGGGAAACUUCUGGGCAGGAUGAAAAACCUCAGGAGACUCUGUCUGAACAUCAACAUACUUGAUGCAAUCCCUUCAAACGAGCUGGAGAACCAGGAUCAUCCCAUCACCGAAUUUACAUCCGAGUUCCUCCAGCUACUUCAUCUUCAGGAGCUGUACUUGGAAUCUGCCUCCUUCCUAAAGGGCCAUCUGGACCAGCUGAUCAGGAAUCUUCAUAACCAGCUGGAAGUCUUCUCAGUCACUAACUGCACGUUAACAGAAGAAGACCUGACUUACCUGUUCCAGAGCCCACAGAUCCAUCAGCUGAAGGAACUGUGUCUGAGAGGCGUCCCCCUGACCUCAGUCAGUGAGCCCCUGCGAGCUCUGCUGGAGAUAAAUGCAGCCACCCUCCAGCACCUGGACCUGGGUCUGUGUGGCCUCCAGGACCCCCAGCUUGAGGCCCUGCUCCCUGCCCUGAGAAGCUGCUCCCAGCUCAGCUCCCUCAGCCUGCAUGGGAACAGCUUUUCCAUGGACACCCUGGAGAAGCUGCUGCGCUGCACCUCGGGGCUGCAGCAUUUAUCUCUCCAGCUGUUUCCUGCCCCUCUGAAGACUUUCAGUCACCAUGGAGUUCCACAGUCUGGGACAUUUGACUUGCUUUGUACUCAGAUCUCAAAGAUUCUCCAGAAUCUUGGAUACUCCAGGUCCAUCAUGAGACGCCAAGUUCAACCUUUCAACUGCAACUUUUUGGUGUUGGUCAUUUAUAUUACAGUUGUGGGCACAUGUGUAAAUGUUUUCAUUCCAUGA